CAACUAAUAUUUUAAACUAUUAACUAAAAAUAUUUAUGUAGACACAUAUAAAAAGACUGAAAGAGAUGUUCCCAUCUGACUUUUUUUAUUGUUUUAUACCAAUCGUGUAAACACACAAAAUAUAAAUCAUACGACUUUUAUUAUCUUUUUUGUUGUACGGGUGGAACUUCAUUUUACUUUUUCAUUAUACUUGUCGCACAUAGUAUACCCUGUGUUUGUCGUACGUAAAGUGUGAUCAUCUGAAGAGCCCUUAACCAAUUUUAUGUUAAAACAAUUGUAUUGAAUAUAUUUUUUUAUGAAUAGGGCAACUUGUUAUUAUUGUUCUGACUUUGCACUAAUCUAUUUUUACUAGAGCACUUGAUUGUAACCGUUAAAUAUUCAUAAUAAUAAUAAUUUAUACCUAUAGAAAAAGAGAUAAGCAAACUUCGAUGCGCAUAAUGAAGGACACAACUGAGAUAUUGCUAAAAUUGCGCAAGUUAAUGCAAAACCCGCCGUUACAUCCGGAAUUGAAAAUAGCUGCUUAUAUUGUGCCUUCAGAUGAUGCACAUCAGAGUGAGUAUAUUUGUGAACAUGAUGAGCGAAGAUCAUACGUUUCUGGGUUUGACGGAUCUGCUGGUACAGCUGUUAUCACUAUGGACAAGGCAUUGCUUUGGACGGAUGGUAGAUACUAUCAGCAAGCUUUAAAGCAACUAGAUAAGAAUUGGACACUUAUGAAAGAUGGUCUGCCUACGACCCCAAGCAUAGGGAUCUGGCUGUCUAAGAAUAUACCUAAAGGAAGUGCGGUAGGUGUUGAUCCUAAGCUGUAUUCAUAUCGCGUAUGGAAGCCUAUAGAGAAGGAUUUAUUGGCCACAGAUUGUUCACUAAUACCUGUUGAAGAUAAUCUUAUUGACCUUGUAUGGGGAGCAGAUCAGCCAAAGCCGACAUCUAAUCCCAUAGUAAUAUUAGACUUGAAACUUACAGGCGAAUCUGUUGCUGAUAAAUGGGAAAAAGUAAAAAAUAAAAUGAAUGAAAAGAACUGUGAAGUAUUAGUAGUUAGUGCAUUGGAUGAAGUUGCAUGGUUUCUAAAUUUAAGAGGUUCGGACAUAAGUUACAAUCCUGUAUUUUUUGCUUAUUUGAUAAUAACAAAAUUUGAACUAAUGUUAUUUAUCGAUGAUUCAAAAUUACCCCAUAAUUUCCAUGAACAUGAAGUAAAUAACGGAAUCGAAGUAAAAAAAUAUUCAUACCAAUCAAUUGGAGAGCAGUUAAAUUGCAUUGUGAAAAAUAAUUCAGGAAAAAUAUGGAUAUCACCAAGUUCAAGUUAUUAUCUUACUGCUUUAAUUCCAAAGAAACAACGCCAUCAAGAGAUAACACCUAUUGCUAUUAACAAGGCAAUCAAAAAUGCUACUGAAUUGGAAGGUUUCAUUAAUUGUCAUGUCCGCGAUGGUAUAGCUUUAUGUCAGUAUUUUGCAUGGUUAGAGCAUAUGAUAACAAACAAACAUUACGUUGAUGAAAUUUCUGGAGCAGAUAAACUUGAGGAAUUUAGAUCGAAAAACUUACAUUUCAUGGGUUUAAGCUUUCCAACGAUUAGUUCGUCCGGACCAAAUGGAUCUGUUAUUCAUUACCAUCCAGCCAAAGAAACGAAUCGACAAAUUACUGAUAAAGAAAUUUAUUUGUGUGAUUCUGGAGCUCAGUAUAUGGACGGUACAACUGAUGUGACCAGAACACUACAUUUUGGAAUUCCAACUGAUUUUGAAAAGGAAUGCUAUACACGUGUAUUAAAAGGCCAAUUAGUACUUGGAUCUACCAUUUUUCCCAAAAAAGUAAAGGGACAAGUUUUAGAUACUUUAGCCCGAAAGUCGCUUUGGGAUGUUGGCUUAGAUUAUGGACAUGGCACGGGACAUGGAGUUGGUCAUUUUCUUAACGUCCAUGAGGGUCCUAUGGGUAUAGGCAUUCGCCUGAUGCCCGACGACCCAGGUCUACAGGAAAAUAUGAUAAUGUCAAAUGAGCCUGGGUUUUAUAAAGAUGGAGUAUUUGGCAUUCGCAUUGAAGAUCUUGUGCAAAUAGUUCCAGCUGAUACCACAUACGAUUUUAAUGGUCGUGGAGCAUUAACUUUUAAAACAAUCACGCUAUGUCCUAAACAAACUAAAAUGAUCAAAAAGGAAUUAUUACUUCAGAUAGAGGUAUCACAAAGGGACCAAAAGGACCCACGUGUGCAUCUAUUGCAGCCUAAACAACCAACCUACAGUGUACUCUAUAUGAAAUGACAAAAAUGCGUUACAUUUUGGAUUUUGUAUGAAUAUACC